AUGAUCUUACUCACAUUCAGCACUGGAAGACGGUUGGAUUUCGUGCACCAUUCAGGGUUGUUUUUCUUGCAAACCUUGCUCUGGAUUUUAUGUGCUACAGUCUGCGGAACGGAGCAGUAUUUCAAUGUGGAGGUUUGGUUACAAAAGUACGGCUACCUUCCACCGACUGACCCCAGAAUGUCAGUGCUGCGCUCUGCAGAGACCAUGCAGUCUGCCCUAGCUGCCAUGCAGCAGUUCUAUGGCAUUAACAUGACAGGAAAAGUGGACAGAAACACAAUUGAUUGGAUGAAGAAGCCUCGAUGUGGUGUACCUGACCAGACAAGAGGAAGCUCCAAAUUUAAUAUUCGCCGAAAGCGAUAUGCAUUAACAGGACAGAAGUGGCAGCACAAGCACAUCACUUACAGUAUAAAGAACGUAACUCCAAAAGUAGGAGACCCUGAAACUCGUAAAGCUAUUCGCCGUGCCUUUGAUGUGUGGCAGAAUGUAACUCCUCUGACAUUUGAAGAAGUUCCCUACAGUGAAUUAGAAAAUGGCAAACGCGAUGUGGAUAUAACAAUCAUUUUUGCAUCUGGUUUUCAUGGAGACAGUUCUCCCUUUGAUGGAGAGGGGGGAUUUUUGGCACAUGCCUAUUUCCCUGGACCAGGAAUUGGAGGAGAUACACAUUUUGACUCAGAUGAGCCAUGGACACUAGGAAAUCCUAAUCAUGAUGGAAAUGAUUUAUUUCUUGUAGCAGUUCAUGAACUGGGACAUGCUUUGGGAUUGGAGCAUUCCAAUGACCCCACUGCCAUCAUGGCUCCAUUUUACCAAUACAUGGAAACAGACAACUUCAAGCUACCUAACGAUGAUUUGCAGGGCAUCCAGAAGAUAUAUGGUCCACCUGACAAGAUUCCUCCACCUACAAGACCUCUACCGACAGUGCCCCCACACCGCUCUAUUCCUCCGGCUGACCCGAGGAAAAAUGACAGGCCAAAACCUCCUCGGCCUCCCACCGGCAGACCUUCCUAUCCUGGAGCCAAACCCAACAUCUGUGAUGGGAACUUUAACACUCUAGCUAUUCUUCGCCGUGAGAUGUUUGUUUUCAAGGACCAGUGGUUUUGGCGAGUGAGAAACAACAGGGUGAUGGAUGGAUACCCCAUGCAAAUUACUUACUUCUGGCGGGGCUUGCCUCCUAGUAUCGACGCAGUUUAUGAAAACAGUGACGGGAAUUUUGUCUUCUUUAAAGGUAACAAAUACUGGGUGUUCAAGGACACAACCCUUCAACCUGGUUACCCUCAUGACUUGAUAACUCUUGGAAGCGGAAUUCCCCCUCAUGGUAUUGAUUCAGCCAUUUGGUGGGAGGACGUUGGGAAAACCUAUUUCUUCAAGGGGGACAGGUAUUGGAGAUAUAGUGAAGAAAUGAAAACCAUGGACCCUGGCUAUCCCAAGCCAAUCACAAUCUGGAAGGGGAUCCCUGAAUCUCCUCAGGGAGCCUUUGUGCACAAAGAAAAUGGCUUUACGUAUUUCUACAAAGGAAAGGAGUAUUGGAAAUUCAACAACCAGAUACUCAAGGUAGAACCUGGAUAUCCAAGAUCCAUCCUCAAGGAUUUUAUGGGCUGUGAUGGACCAACAGACAGAGAUAAAGAAGGACAUAGCCCACCAGAUGAUGUAGACAUUGUCAUCAAACUGGACAACACAGCCAGCACUGUGAAAGCCAUAGCUAUUGUCAUCCCCUGCAUCUUGGCCUUAUGCCUUCUUGUAUUGGUUUACACUGUGUUCCAGUUCAAGAGGAAAGGAACACCCCGCCACAUACUGUACUGUAAACGCUCUAUGCAAGAGUGGGUGUGA